AUCAGUCUCCAGCUCAACGCCCGGCUGAGGAGGUGAAAGUUUCUCCCCAGGAAGAUAAACCGCAAAAGACAAUAUUGUGCGUGAUUUGAUCGCACAGAGCAUUAAAAAAAAGAAAGAAAAAAAAGAAUAAUAAUAAAACAAGAGAAGGAAGAACUCUCCGCAUCCGCACGACAUUCCCAUGCACCACCCGCUCUCCGCACUGUCUGCUGCACACAAGGCUCCAGUUUUGCUCCAUCGCUGAGAUCUCAUCGAUGUAAAGCAGCAGCGAUCGCGAUCGAUCUCCUCCUUGGCGCUCACAGUCUUGUGGUUGAAGAAGAAGAAGCGAUGCUGCUGGACGCAGGACCCCAGUACCCGUCCAUAGGAGUCACCACCUUCGGCUCUUCCAGGCACCACCACUCCGCGGGCGACGUGACGGAUCGAGAAGUGGGUCUGGGCAUCAACCCUUUCGCCGACGGAAUGGGCGCCUUUAAGAUUAACCCCAGCAGCCACGACCUCGCCUCCGGCCAGACUGCCUUCACCUCUCAGGCUCCGGGCUACGCUGCGGCCGCCGCCUUGGGGCAUCAUCACCACCCGGGGCACGUCAGCUCCUACUCCAGCGCUGCCUUCAACUCCACCCGGGACUUUCUGUUCCGAAAUCGGGGCUUCGGGGAGGCUGCCAGUGCCCAGCACAGCCUGUUCGCCUCGGCGGCGGGGGGCUUUGGAGGACCCCAUGGUCACACUGAUGCCGCAGGACACUUGAUCUUCCCAGGACUACACGAGCAAGCCGGCGGCCAUGGCUCCCCCAACGUGGUGAACGGCCAGAUGAGGCUCGGCUUCUCUGGAGACAUGUACGGCAGGGCCGAUCAGUACGGACAGGUGACCAGCCCCCGAUCCGAGCACUAUGCCUCCACCCAACUUCAUGGCUACGGUCCUAUGAACAUGAACAUGGCUGCCCACCACGGAGCAGGGGCCUUCUUCCGUUACAUGAGGCAGCCCAUCAAGCAAGAACUCAUUUGCAAAUGGAUUGAACCCGAGCAGUUGUCAAACCCUAAAAAGUCCUGCAACAAAACUUUCAGCACCAUGCAUGAGCUGGUCACGCAUGUCACGGUGGAGCACGUUGGGGGACCCGAGCAGUCCAAUCAUAUAUGUUUUUGGGAAGAGUGCCCCAGAGAAGGGAAGCCCUUUAAAGCUAAAUACAAACUGGUCAACCACAUAAGAGUCCACACAGGUGAAAAACCCUUCCCCUGCCCCUUCCCUGGAUGCGGGAAAGUCUUUGCCAGAUCAGAGAACCUGAAAAUCCACAAGAGAACUCACACAGGAGAGAAACCCUUUAAGUGUGAGUUUGAAGGCUGUGACAGACGAUUUGCAAACAGCAGCGACCGUAAAAAACACAUGCACGUCCAUACUUCAGACAAGCCCUACCUGUGUAAGAUGUGUGACAAGUCCUACACCCACCCAAGCUCCCUCAGAAAACACAUGAAGGUCCACGAAUCUUCUUCCCAGGGAUCCCAGCCUUCCCCAGCAGCAAGCUCAGGCUAUGAAUCUUCAACACCCCCAACAAUUGUGUCUCCUACUUCAGAAAACCAGAGCACAAGUUCCUUAUCCCCUUCCUCCUCAGCAGUCCAUCACACGUCCAGUCACAGCACGCUCUCAUCAAAUUUUAACGAAUGGUACGUUUAAAUAAACCCAUAUUUAACAAAAAAAAAAAGACUUCCACAUUCAUGAUGAACACUUCCAGUCUAAUCCUAAAGCUGCCACAUAGACCCAGGAUGGAAUCACAAUGAAGAAUGAGACCUUGUAUUGCCAUGUCUACAGGCUUGGGUAGAACAAAAUAUAAGGGGAUUGUAGGAUGCAUGAGAAGAGUUCCCAGGCCAAAAGCCAACUGUGUAGGGUUUAAUGAACCACUAAUUAGAGGUCUCAAUCUGCAUGUCUCUUCUGGCGGCCUUUUUUUUUUUUUGUAAAUACAGAAUUAUUAGUUGAAGAAGAAAUGUUCUGUUGAUUUUGUAAAUAGUUGUAUAACAAGGGGUAUGUGAAAUUGUGAUCACUGCAUCCAUGUGUGUUGGGGUGGGGAAGGACAGCAAGGAUGUUCUAGUAAAUGUGUACCAAAAUGUGAACUCCAUUGUAUUCUGAUGACAAGUCCUAAGCGUCCAUCUUAUCAGACCCUUUACUGGUUUCAGUGUGCUUCUCUGUAUAAAGUGCAAGCUCUUCGUCCCAAAGUCCAGUCCGGUUUAUUUAGUGCAGUGAUAUGUUGUUCUUAUUACACGUCAUGUCAAUGAAUUCGUUCAGUGCAAGCCUGGAACUUUACGUGUUACAGUCUGUUACAUUUUUUUUGUUCAUGUAAAGUGAUAUUAAAAGAUAA